UGUUAUGUAUGGUAAUAAAUAAAAUUAUACUAUUAUAUAAAUUAACGUCAUUGCCUAAUUUGUUGUAAUUGCUGGAUUUUCAGGGGUUUUUGUGUUAAUGCAUUAUUUCAAAUGUUUUUGUCCUUCUAUCAAAAUGAAUGUGAGGUAUCAUUUGAAAAACAAAUUGUUGAGCCACUAUUCAAAAUGAUUUGGCCUACCCCUGAAUACAGAUAAAUGCUUCCCAACAUCGUUUUCAAAUGUAACUGGUACCUAUAACUUUAAUUAAUUCAUUAAAUUUAAUAAUUACCAUCCGCCUAAGGUUAUUAAGAUUUGACGUUUUAAAGACUUGGGUAUAAUGUUUAAUACAAAACUGUCCUUUAGAAACAAUUUUGAUCAAGUCCGUGGAGAUGCACUAAAAAUGUUGGGUUUCAUAGCGAGAACUUCUAGAGAUUUUGCAAGUGAACACACCUUAAAAUUGUUAUACUGCAGGGUGGGCACUCUACUAGGGGCUUGUGCCUUUUCUCAGGAACUACUGAUUUUAGAAAAAAAAAAGUCUACAUAAAGUUUUAUGGUUUCAAUUAAAUUUUAAAAUUAUUUAUUUUUUAUAGGAUGUGAGAUAAGCGCUGGACUGACACUAAUUUUAACAUUUUAAAGGGAACACCCUAUAUAUUUUGAUAUUUUUAGCAGCCUUGCCAAAAAUAAAGGUAACUUUUAUAAAAACUACUAAUUCCAAUUUUGUGUAGUUUAGGCUGAAAUUAAGAUUAUAUAUUUUUGUAUGAAAAAAUUAUGUUCUUCCACGGCUGGCAGUAAUGACUACUUGGUCAAAUUUUAAACACAUCUUUAGAAGACUUCCUUCUUCUACUAUGAUAAUUUUUAUAAGUUUAAAAUACCUAGUCAUCGAGAAAGGUCGAAAGCUGCCGUUACGCAAUCGAAAAUCACAAAACAACACUAGGUUAUGGUGAAUCCUUAGAAACCAGUUUCACUAAUGCAAAGUGAAAUAUAUAAAAUUUUUAAAAAUAUCACACUUUCGCGUUGGUAAUGAGGCGUUGAUCAAUCUAGCUGAAGGCAAAUAAGAUAAGUGAUUGAGUACAUUUUGACAAAACUCAAAAUAUUUACAAAAAAACUUUAUUCGAUGGUAAAAUCCAGAAAUGCUAUAAUGUAAAGGGGAUUCUAUUAAAAAAAACGAGUUUUAACACUCUUCUGACAAUCUAUACAUUAUGAGAGUAAUUUUAGAAACUAACCAUAAUAGCAUUUCAGAUAUCCCAGAAGUGAAACUUUUUGGAAACCUUGUAAUUUGACCACAAUAUUCCGUGCUUCCUUUCCAAUUCGUAACCAAUUAUUGAAAAUAAGUAUGAAAAAGUAUUGUUAAUAGACGCCUUUUUUUGUUGUUUGCCACAAUAAAAGGAAAAUUACAAAAGUAUUAAAAAAUAUAUAUUACAAUGAGCCAUUUCAUAAGCAGUAGGUGUUAACUGAACAUCCUAUAUAGGUUUCACCGUUAAUGUGACAAGGAAGUAACUGAUAAUGACACUUUUAAAACCAAGCAGCUGCCUAAAUGAGAUUUCAUAUCUUUUUUUUUCCUACGUCAUAAUGAAGAAUAAUGGUUUAAUUAACAUAUUCAUAAAGUCCGAACGUUGAUAUUUCAAAUUCGAGACUGUAUGUUAAGUGGAUGAUUAACAAUUAGCACACCUUUUUCCAUAGGCGUUCAGAUUUCUUAAUUUGCAUUGUCAAUAGAGUAGCUAGAACUAAGCAUUUUUUUAGAUGCAUACGAGCUAGAGCGAUCGCAACAAAUAAUAUUGUUCCUGAAACGCUUCCAAAAUAAAAGCUGAGCAAUCAAUAAUAAUGAAAUCAUUCUAUGAUUUGGGUCAAUAUCGAUAUAUUCAUAAGUAAAAAAUCACCCAAGUAAUAAUUCACUUCAUUACUUUUGUGCGCCACUGAUAUGUGGCUGAGGUCGAUAUACGAUAUACUUUUGUGGUUUUUACCUAUACAUCCGAUUCUUUGAUCUUAAAUUAUUCAAAAUGUUUAUCUCAUAUAGUCGUGAGGUACCAGCAUAGCCGUCAAAUAACAGUAUCAGUUUACAGUAUAAAACUAAAUGACGGCCAAUGUAGUCAGUUCUAUGGCAAUUAACCGGUUGCAAGAUGAGCCUUUGCUUUUUGAUAUUUGGGUUUUCAUAUCUCUUCAGAACUGUGACACUUGCCAGUGUUUAUAGUGAUUUAUUGCAUAAUUACAUGAAUGAAGCGGAACUAACUUACUAUUUUCAAACGGCAAAUAAAAACGAAGUACCUUACUACGAAGUAGUUUUUUUGCCACCAACUACUUGGUCCAGCGAUGACAAUUUCACAUCAAAUGAAGUUAUUGAAUACAACUUCUCAGCAUUUAACAGACUUAUAGGCCUAAAACUUAAACGAAAUGAAAACAUCUUGGGUCCGUCCUUCAAAACUUACAUCCACGACGAAAAUGGGACAAAAAUGUUAAAAAGCGCUCCAUACAACUGCCACUAUCUUCACGUUGAUUCGGAUACAGUUGCAGCGAUUAGUUUUUGCCCACCAAAAGCAAUGCAAGGAUUGAUUUUUCUGGAUAACACAACAUUGGAAGUACAUCCGUUAUCUGAGACAUUAAAAAGAAUACGAAAACGGCACGCAAUAAGUGAAUCAACUUAUGAUAAGCAAAAUGUUCCAUAUCUAGUAAAAAGAGCGUAUUUCGACAGUAAAGCAGGUUAUGAUGAUAUUUUUCCUGUUUCUGGGAACGUCUUGAUUCAAAAUCAAGACAUUCAAGAGGAUUUCGACGACAUUCUUGCAAAUCCCUACGAUUAUUAUACGAUCACUAGAAAGCGUCGGACAACUUUAGAGCUGGCACUGUUUUUUGAUGAAGCAGCAUACAAAAUUUUUGCUCCACAUUUUAAUUACGACGACAGCGCACUUCAAAACAUGCUCCUGGCUUACAUCAAUGGCGUUCAAGCCUUAUAUCAUCAUCCAAGUUUGGGAACAUCGCUCGAACUUGUUUUAGUGCGUUUAGAUGUAAUGAAAAUACAACCAAGGGCGAUGCCUCACUAUGGCGGCGAAAGAGGUAAAUUACUGGAUAGCUUUUGUUUAUAUCAAGCCAGCAUUAAACCCGAAGGAGAUUCAAAUCCCGAACACUGGGAUAUGGGAUUAUAUGUUUCAGGGCUAGACUUUUACGCUUACGAGAACGGACGUAAAAGUGGGGUAACGAUGGGUUUGGCUACAGUAGGUGGAGUUUGUCUCGACAAAUAUGCGUGCGUUAUAGCUGAAUUUGGGACAACAAACGCAUUUGGAAAACCAUAUCCAAGCGCAGGAUUUACCAGCGUUUACAUACUAGCGCAUGAAAUUGGACAUAAUCUAGGGAUGCACCAUGACAGCACCGGCAAUAGUUGUCCUAAGGAAGGUUACAUUAUGUCGCCAUCUAGAGGCGUAAAUGGCGAAACUCAGUGGUCUACAUGUAGUGCACAGGUUAUGUCUAACUUGGGAUGGGCGAAAUGUCUUCUAGAUUCUGGAAAAUCGACAUACUCAAAAGAUCAUAGUCGAUUUCUGGACAUUCCGGGGCAGGUCUUUACUGCGAAGAAGCAGUGCGAAGUACUGUUACGAGACAAAGACGCUAAAGUUUCACCCAGUCAGGCGCUAUCUUCUAUAUGCUACAGCCUUCAAUGUAAAACCCCAAAUAGAAGCGGGUACUACCUUGCGGGUCCGGCUUUAGAUGGAACCCAGUGUGGCAACGGGAAGUAUUGUUAUGGUGGACAAUGUGUUGCCAAACAACUCCCACAACCAGCAGAAGUUGUCUUAGGUGGUUGGAGUCAGUGGAAACGAGGAUCUUGUACAUCUGGUUGCAUAGACAAAGGCAGGGGUGCAUAUAUAAGCAGGCGUGAAUGUAAUAAUCCCAAACCAAUAAACACAGACCAAGGAUGUGAUGGACCAAAUAUACAAUUUGGUUUUUGUACUGACAAUUCGAUAUGCAACAACAAAAGAAGAAGCCCUGUAGAUUAUGCAUCUGCAAAAUGCAAACAAUUUUCGAAAUUGUUACCUGAACUUGAUCCUAAAGGUAUUGGAUUGCAAUCUCCACAUGAACAAGCUCGAGUUUGGACCGGAUGUGCCAUUUACUGCAAAAGAGCGGACUCUGGAGCUUUCUACACACCCAGGAUUGAAUUAAAUGACUUAGGAGUGUCACCCUAUUUUCCUGAUGGCACUUGGUGUCACAAGGACUCAUCAAAUCUCAAUUACUAUUGCGUUCAGCACCAUUGCAUUGCCGAGAACAUUAAGUUUACAAAAAACCAUCCAAUUGAUUUAAAUGACAUACCCUUUGCCCAGAACGCUCUGCCUAGAUUUAAGCUACCCCAGCAAGUGAAAAACUAUUUUUCAUUAGAUAAAAAUGGAAACCCCCUAGAAACAUCAAUAAAAAAGCCCUUUGAUAUAAUAAAAGAAGAGGAUUGGGAAACUAAAGAUUAUGUGGAGUUGCCUGAUAUAAAGAAACGCUUUGAAAUAUUACAACAGGAAAUGAACAGCUUAUAUUUUAUUUAAAGUGACUGUAUUUUUAU